CAGGAGUCACAUCUAGAGCGUAGGGGAGGCUCAGUGGGACAGAAGCGAGACCUGCCAUGAUGUUUGGGUCAGAGACCGUAGUCCUGACAAGAGGACAGGAAGCAGAGUUACAGUUGAAGAUGCUCAGGUUUUCAUUGGGAGUGACUAGGAAGGACACGACUAGAAACAAGUAGUGUUACAGUCAGGACCUUGUUGUGACUGGAGCAGUCAAUGACAUUCUGGAAAUUUUCAAUGAAGGUUGAAUCUGUCUUCCAGCAGAGUUUUAUUCAAAUCUGCGUCUUGUGUCUUCCACCCCCAUUUCACAAUCUAAAAUUGUUCAGAGCAUCACGUCCCACUCCUCACUAAAGAAAAUAAUGAAAAAUCCGAAGGAAGUGAAAACAAUAAGCUCAGUCUUGAGAAUUGAUUUACCAUUAUGCUAAGGUGCAAGUGUUGCACCCCAACCCCUGCACUAUCUACAUUGAUGUCAACAUCCUGUUUCACAACACAUUCUUGCACUUAAGCACUGGCUUGACCAGAUCUUUACCGAUCACCUUCCCAUGUUCUGCACAGUAGAAUAAUUUCAGGCUAUAAAAAGUCCAACUUGUAGUCCAGGGUGUUGUGUGAGUGGGAAAUACCCGUCCUGAUCUGACAUCCAAACACCUGUGUUCUCAACACACAGUUACAUGUGUAACUCUUCCUCACAAAGUGCCAACAUGCUGGUGUUCUUGAUCUUUCUCUGGGGACCUUCGAAUGCUUUGCCAGGAUGAUUCUGAGAGAUUCUGAUGACCAUCCCACUCAUGACACCACUUUGGUCGGUGUCAGCAAUUUCACACUGAGACAAGAGGAGACAUGUUGCACUCCACUUUUAAAUCACCUAUUAACUGGUCUGAUACAUGGCUCCAUGCUUGACUCUGAUAUUACAUUUCUCAAAUGUGUGGAAUUAAAUGCAUUGGUGAAAAUGGGUCACAUGUUGUUGUUGUGGUGGACUUCAUCUCCUGUGUAACGAUAAAUCUAUAACACAAAUUCAAGUAAAAGUGGAGUACAAAGUCUGUGUAAGCAGCAUGAAAUAACAUGUCACCAAGUGUGAAAGUGAUAGGAGUCGAUGCUGGUGCACACACCUGGUUUAUUUGAGAUUUGAAAUAUAAACAUGUUAAGCCACGAUGACUUGUAAAAACUGACUCAUACGAGGUUCAGCUGUAAGGAACACACACAGCAUGACCAGAAGUGUUGUUUAUCUAAAUUGUCUUAUCAGAUAAGGUAAUUGGGCGUGUAAGUGUCCUGAUAAGGAGGCGGCUGAAAAACAAAACCUGUCGCAACUCCAACAUAAUUUAGAUUAAGCUGUGAACGCAAGGGCAGCUGAACAUAGAUGGUGAAGCUACCAGCCAGACCCAUUCUGAUUCCACUAAAUAACCCGACUUGACAUAGCUAUCUUUAUUGCCGGUCAUUAUAGAGGCAGUCUUACAUCAAACCGCCCUUCACCACUGACCUUUGACACCUGCCUAUAAAAGGUUCCAUCAGUGGAGGAAUAGUCAGAAUAUUGGUCAGACAGAGAAGCGAUAGUAAGCAUUGGUCGGUGGCUUGAGCACGAUGUGGCUGCUGCUUUUCAUAGUCUGGUUGGUGCUGUGGGCUGCUGGCUCAUACUGGUACCUGUUUGGGAAGCCAAGUCCGUUCUCACUGGAGUCAGUGAGACCUCCAGGACCUCGUGAAUUUGAUCAGAAGAAGCGAGACAAAGUCAUCAAACAAGGUUUCACUGUCGACAAAGUGCCCCAGAACCUCGAUGUCAUCGUCAUUGGCAGCGGUAUCGGUGGCCUAGCGGCUGGGGCGACUCUGGCCAAGGCCGGGAAGAAAGUUCUGAUUCUGGAGCAACAUGACCAAGCUGGUGGCUGCUGCCACACCUACAUCGAGAAAGGCUUUGAGUUUGAUGUUGGCCUUCACUACAUUGGCCAGGUCCACGAAAACAGCCUGCUGAGGAUUAUCUUCGACCAGAUCUCCGAGGGCCAGCUGGAGUUCCAGGAGUUGAACCAGCACUUUGACACCAUACAGAUAGGCACUGGCGACACCAAGCGCGAGUACACAAUCUUCUCUGGCAAGACUGAGAUGAAAGCCCACCUGCUGAAGCAGUUUCCAGAUGACACGGAGGCAAUCGAGACCUUCUUCAAAAUCAUGAAGAUUUCAGCCAAGAAGACGCACUACUUGGCGACCCUGAAGUUGAUCCCCCAGUGGCUCUCCUUGUUCUUGUUGAAGUCAGGUGUGGCUGAUUUGGUCUCCCCAGUCUUCCGUCUCUCUGGGACUUGUGCCACAGACCUUGUGAGCACUUUGACCAGUAACAAGGAUCUGCACGUCAUCUUUUCUUACCUCUUCUAUGGUGUUCCUCCAAACGACUCCAGCGUUCUGAUCAAUGCCCUCCUGGUGCAUCACUACAAACGAGGUGCCUACUACCCUAAAGGUGGCGCCAGUGAGAUUGCGUUCCAUAUCAUACGCACCAUCCACAAGUAUGGCGGCAACUGUCUGGUGCGAGCUCCUGUCUCUCAGAUCCUGGUGAACGAGCAAGGGGCUGCUUAUGGUGUGAAGGUGAGAAAGGGUCAAGAGGAGGUGGAGAUCCGAGCUCCAACCAUUGUUUCGAACUGUGGCAUCUUCACCACCUUCCAGAAACUUCUCCCCGCGGAGAUUCAAGUCAAACCAGAAAUUCGACAGAGGUUGAGCAUGAUGAAACAUGGCAGAGGAUCGUUCUUGGUUUUCUCCGGUUUCGAUGGAACGGCUGAAGAUUUAGGUCUUGUCUCCACCAACUUCUGGUUGUUUAAAAACAACGACAUGGACAAAUCGAUGGACCAAUUCUUUGCCAUGAGCAAAGACGAAGCACCGGACAACAUUCCCAUGAUGUUCAUCACCAUCCCAUCCUCCAAAGACCCAGAAGCCAAAAUCAGACACCCAGGCAAAUCCUGCAUGACGAUUCUGACCAUGGUGAAGUACGAGUGGUUCGAGGAGUGGAAGGACACCACUGUGCGUAAAAGAGGCAGCGACUAUCAGGACUACAAGAUGCGGUUUGCCAGAAACCUCUUUGACUGGGCCUGCACCCUCUUCCCCAAAAUCAAAGACAAGCUGGUCUUCCAGGACGUGGCCACGCCCCUCACCAACAUGCACUACUUGGGCGCGCAGCGUGGGGCCAUGUACUCAGCAGAGCAUAAUCUGGAGCGCUUUCAGGCCGAAGCUGUUGCCAGGAACAGGUGCAAUACUCCUGUGAAGAACCUCUUCAUGUCAGGUCAGGACGUAUUCAGCUGUGGCAUUGCCGGAGCGCUGCACGGAGGAAUCCUUUGCGCCUCGGCUGUGUUGGAUCGCAUUGUCUACAUUGACUUGCUGCUCAUAAAGAAGAAGCUGAAGAGGAGAAAGGCCCAGGAACUGGCCAGACUCACCCAGAAGAAAGUGCAGUGAGUCUGCUCUUCACUGUCACCUAUGGAAUUAAUGUGCAUUUGACUGUAAUAUCUUACCAUAGACAAA